GUAGGAUGAGGAUGUUCUUGUUGUUGUUAUAUAAAACACAUUUGUUUCUUGUAGUCAUAUACGGGACUGGACUGGACUUUUGGUGAUUUUUGCUAUACUUUGUAUGGCAGGAGGGGGCCCAGCCCACACCGCGUGUCAGCGCUGCAGUCAGUCAUGUUGUGCUGCUAGUUGUUGUUCAGUAGCAACAUACACAGACUGGUGUACAAACUGAGCGCUGCGUGCACUGGUAAUGCCAACUGACGGGAUAUAAGCGACGUGUGUGCGCGAGACGGACUCUCUACUAUCUCCAGCAGCAACACUCAAGCUUCCGCAGCCGUAUUGGCAGUUGGAGUGGAUGGGAUAUAUGAAAACAAACAUCCUGAGCAGACCCCGCUCGCCUCGGAAAGGAGUGUUACCUCUUCUUACGAGAACAGAGUUGUUGGCUCCGUCUCUUCUCUCCUCUCGUCGAUAUUUUUGAAGUGGCGAACAUUCGUGGCGGGUGUAUUUCCUCUAGUUGAGCUGCAUCGGUGAACCAGUCGGACGAGGCGGACUUGCCUUACCCAACCAUUCGGAAAACAAGGUGCCCUGACUGGCUCCUCGCACCAUUGGAAAAUUAGACGAGAUAGUGCCCGCCACGCAGAGCUACGUUACGGCCCCGUGGAGAAGCAUGUGAUGACUCACGCAAGGCAGAAGGGUUCCCUCAGGCAGAGCGACUGUAGUGCUGAGCGGUGGGAUAACAGCCCUCCUUUGCCACAUGUUGGCACUAUGGGCGACACCUGGACUGAGCGCUCACUUAGAUUCGGGAGGACAAAGAAGAUAAGCGAGAUCAUCAAACAGAAGAAAGUUAAGGUCAAGAGUGUGAAUGACAAGGCAGGGAAGAAAGAAAAAUCUGAUCAGAACAGAAAACUUGACCGGAGGCGCGACAAGAAACGGGACAGGAAGUCGUAUCCUUUGCGAGGCAGGGCUGAGACUUCAGACGGGGAGGGGCUCAGCUGUCAUGUCCUCCUUACCCGAUUGGAGGAAAGCAUCCGCAAACAGGAGAGUUGUAAAGAAAGCGCGCGAAAGGAUUCACGCCGACAUUCAUCUCUCAAUCCCAAACCCAGAAAAGGGAAAAGCAGUGAAAGAAAAGAGGCAACGUCAUUACCAAAAACCAAAUCAAAUUCAAAAAGCCCUAGUCAUGGAGAGUUGAUUCUUUUCCCAGAACCUCGCAAGCGCAGACUGGCCUCCCUGAACGCCGAGGCGGUCAACAGUUUACUGCUUGAAAGAGGUACUGACGCUCAGGUGGCAGCUAAACUGGCCAGGAGACAGGAAGAGUCCACAAAGGGAAGGUCUGCCUUGGAUGCAAAUCCAACCAGGAGUGGUGUCCCUGGAGGUAUAAAGGCUAUGCGUGGAACCAUCACUAAAUCCUCAACGACGCCCAAACUUGAACUGUGCCAAAGCUCUAAGCAUGUCCAGAAGGCCAAAGCCAACCAAGCAGAGAGCGGGGGGAUGAGCCUGGAGAGUCUGGAUGCCCCCGCCCCCAGACGAUUGGCUGGACUUAACGCUGCAGCCCUGCUAAAGUUAACCAGCUCCUCUGCUACCAGUAAACAGAGAGUAAAGGCUGCACCCACAGCUACUAUCACAACUGACUGCAAGGCUUCUGCUUUGGUCAAAACCCCAAAACAGCUCUCAAGGGUCAAACUCAAACACAAGGGAUGCUCACAAAAACAGAAGGGGAAAAAGGUCCCUGCCCUGCACAGUGGGUGCGCAGCCUGCAAGAAUAAGGCGGACUUUGAGCCCAAAGUGGAGUGGGAUACCGGCAACUGCACCCAUCGACUGACCAAACCAGGGUACCAGUCACGCAGCAUGCUAGCAUACCCGCUAAAGCAAGUGAAGGAAGAGCCUCUGGAGACCGAAAUGAGCCCAUACUACUGCUGUCCGCCAGAGGGCUCAAUGGAAUACUGCCACCGCUUGGCCUUCUUCCUGGGCCAGCAGCCCUACGGAGAAUCAGACGAUCAGCCACUUAACUCAGCCAUAACCCCUGUGAAUCGCGAGUGCCUCGUAACCUCACCGUCCCUGACGCAUUCCCACCCACACACAGCUCUGACCCUCAGCCCACACUCCUGCCUCUGCACCGCCGACCACUGCUUCUCUAGCUACUACGUUCACAUCGCCCACCCGACACACACUGGAACAUCGUCAGCAGGUCUGGCCCCGCGACCUCUGAACUUUCCCCCUUCCAGUUUAUGCCCUAAUCGGACGAAUAGCUCCAAGCUGCUGGGUCCGCAGGUGUCCCACGGCUCGGGGCUGACCCACUCUGCCUACUGCAACUCGGUGGCUUCGCCCUGCUAUGGUGAAGCCUGCGGGAUCAGUGGCUACACCUACAGAGCCAUGCCUCCCGUCACCAGCAGGGGAUGUUCUUUCAGUACAGGAUGCACUGAAUGCACACACAGCAUCAAAACAGAGGGUUACUCCUCCCCUCAGGGUGACCACAGCCCCUCCCUUCUGGUUCCCCCUUCCAUGCCCAUCUCCAGCUGCCCUCUAUCCAGCAUGCCCACUUCCACUCAGACCAAACCCCACCUGCUGACCCCCCUGUCAGGGCGAGACAAGCCGCAGGCCAGGUUAAAGCUGGCCCCUGAAUGCCCACAGAGCAACAAGCCCUCCAACGGCUCCCGGUCCAUCGGCCUCACACGGCUGCCCCAGAAACAACCGGCGACCUUGCCAAGCUUCAGCAGCACCAAACAAAAGAGAGUCAGCCGAAGACGUGCCACCAACGGUUGGCGGCCUGUGGGAAUGCCCACGGAGAGAGAAGUCUUUAUAGCGGGAGAGGAUGAGAUAGCCCUGCGGCAGUGUUAUGAAGGAGUGGAGAGGGACGGUGAAGUGAUACAUGUCAGAGACACUGUGCUGCUACGAUCAGGCCCCAGGAAGAAAUCACUCCCAUAUGUUGCCAAGAUAUCAUCGCUGUGGGAGGACCCCAAAACAGGAGAGCUGAUGAUGAGUCUUUUCUGGUACUACCGACCUGAGCACACACAGGGAGGCCGAGAUCCCAGCACACACUGUGAGAAUGAGAUUUUCGCCUCUCGGCAUCAGGAUGAAAAUAGUGUGGCCUGCAUAGAAGACAGAUGCUACGUUCUCCCAUUAGCCCAGUACUGUAGAUUUUGUGCCUUGGUGAAGCGGCGUGCCGAAGGCGCCCCACCUGGCAGUGCCAGCGUGGUGCCCUGCCGCGCCGACUUCGCCCCCCCCUCCCACCGCUGUGUGCCCACAGACGUCGACCCCGAGCUGGUGUAUCUCUGCCGGCACGUGUACGACUACCGAUUUGGACGCAUCCUGAAGAACCUGCAGUAGAGGGUUAGACGGGGUGCUUCAAUUAAUCAUAGCAUAGCUCCCCCCUCCUGCACAGAGGCAGUGGUCGGGGGGGGGGGGGAAGAGUAGAUGAAAGACUGAAAACCCCUGUCUUUUCUGCUAGGGAUGCUCACGACCACAGGGAAGGGCGAUGAUAGGGUGGGUUUUUUGAGGGAAGAAGCAAAACGUGUUUGACACAUUAUGAAGCACAGAUCCCUUUAGUUGACUACAGAGGGGUUACAAUGCGAUAGAAUCCGUCUCUGUCAGAGCACCGUCACUUCCUGGUUUCUAAAGAGCGAGGAAUGUUCAUUCAUCAGCUACCACAGCACUCUGGGAUACACGGAAGCUCGCGUGCGUCCCUCUCCUCGCCUGCCAGGAAUGCAGAACACCAGGCUGAACUGGGCUCCUGUCAGCGCCGCGUUUCCCCCCAAAGCAUCUUAGCACCACAAUCAUGUUUGUUCCAUUUGUAAGCCAACGGCUCAGGAAUGGUCCGGCGCUAAGGUGCUUCCGGGAGAACACAAGCCUGCGUUGUCAGCUCAAUGUUAACGGUGUUCAACCAGCCGGGGUGAAGGAGCAGCUAAUGGAGAGUGUCGUCUUAUUUCUCCCCGAUUUGAGUUGUGUGUUUCUUAGUGUGUGAAAGAGAGAGUGGGAGACCGAGUGUUUGUCAGUGUGGAUAAAUGGAUAAAUGUGGGUGUGUGAUGUUUUUUUUUAGGAGGCUUUCAGGCAAUCAAACCAAACAAGCAGCUUUAGAGGAAGCGGAGCUCUCUCUCUCUCUCUGCCCCUCUCUUUCAGUGUGCCACAGAUACAUUUUCAUCUCCAGUGAGGCCCUGCAUAAACUAGAAUACUGUACCUGAAGGGGGUUGUGAGAUUAUUCCUUACUAAACUCAACUCUAGAACAAGGCUUUGGUCAGGACACCCAAAACGGCACUAAACUGAUUUUAUUAGUUAAAACAAAUGUUUGAAUCUCAGCCAUGGUCCUCCUUUAAAGAAGCCUUGUUCUAGAGAGGUUCUACUAACUGCCCAAUAGAAAGAGUUACUGUACCUUAACUGAGGAACCGGGACGCUCCUGAGUCCUGCAAAGGCUUAUAGAGACGUCUUCAUCGUUUUUUCUUGUAUUUUUCCAUCUUGGCUUUUCUCUGUGACUUGCCUUAUGACUUGCAGAUAUAGCGUUAUGCUGCUAGUCUCCACAUGCAACUACAGAAGGAAGAACAAAUAUACUUCUAUUCCAAGAAAAAGAUUGUCUGAAUGACAGCUAUGAACUGAUCAGUAGACAAAAUGCACCGGCUUAGGGCUGCAGCCAAUGAUUUUUUUUAAUUAUUAUUAAUGAACCCUUUUGUCAAUUAAAUGUCUCAAAAUAGUGAAAGGAAAUAAUUUCCAACAGCCAGAGUUGACUUCUACACCCAAAGAUGUUCAAACACAUAAAAACGAACUGAAUAGAAUCAGGCCAUAUUUGGCAUUUCUGCUUAUGAAAUGACUCACAUUAUCAGAAUAGUUGCAGAUUAAUUUCCAGUCAAUCGGCUAGACAAUUAACUGACUAAUUUGUGCAUCUCUUAACCGGUUAGAAACACUUCUCCUGCCUCUGCUGGUUGCCCGUGUUGCGCCCUGAAACAUCUGGGAAACGUCUUUUCUACAUGCUCUAAUUCUACAUCCACACCAAUUAUUUUUCUUCCUCCUCCCCCCGAAGAUAAACCAAAGGAUGUCACACAAGCCAGAGUCCCCGUCUCCCUCCCUCGCGCUUCUCGUCAGCACUUCCCUUUAUUAUAUUGCACUAAUCCAUUCCUUAAUUACAACAAACUUCUUCUUUUUUGUUCCAGCUACUAAUAUAUCCGCGGGGGGACCUACAGUGUAUUAUUUAUGUGUGCGUGUGUGCGUGUGUGCGUGUGUGUGCGUGUGUGCGUGUUUGGUAGAGAAGGAAACAGUAAAGAUGUCAUGGCUGCUUUUUGUCAGUGCAAACUGUAUAUUUCUAUAAUUUCCCCCGUAGAGGAAUCGGCCAACGUGUCAGCAUGUUGCACAACCUGUUGAAUCCCAUGGAAGAUAUACGGUAUAUAUAUGAGUAUAUAUAUAUAUAUAUAUAUAUAUUACUAGAGUCAUUCCAUUUGAUUUUUCAAUCAGCUCUGACAUACUUAUAUAAAUAUAGAGUAUAUAUAUGUAUGUAUUCACACUGUUAAUGUGGUUUAGAUUUGAAAAAGGCAUCUGGAUGGAGGCCUGACGCGUUGUGUGGACAAACGUAGCAGCAGUAGACGUGUAUUUGGAUUGAAGCGGGGUGGGAAUGCGUGGGAGGGUGUUCGAUACUUAAUUGAGUCGUGGAGGAUUUCACACCCCACUCAUUCAUUGCCUUUUAACCUGCAAGUGUUUUACUGUCACUCAGAAAGCGAGUGGCGUCAGAGUGUGUGUACCUUAUAGACAUAGAGAGUACCCGAUUGCUUGCCUACACCCCGCUCUGCAACAUUGGAUAAGCCGUAAAAACGUUUCUAACGCUCUAAAGCCAUCUUUUCUCUAUUCGAGUAGACCGAGUCCUCUUACCCCAACAAAGAUCCCCAUGAUUGGGUCUUUUUUUAUUUCUAUUAACGCCCAGAUUCUUCAAAAAGGUGAUAUAUAUUCUCCUACUUUACAAUUUCUCCUUGUUAAAAAUAUUUUAUUAUGUCGAUUUUCCUAAGAUGGCAUAUGCAAUAUAUUUUUAGAUGUACUAUUUUUAGAAAAUGAGCUUAAAAAAACAAGAUAAGAAUAUGCAUUAUUUUUGAUUCAGUUCAAAUUGAAGUCAUCACAGCGUUAAUUGAGAUUUGACCAAAUGGAAGAGGAGAAUGAAGUCACAUGACCCGAGGUUGUCGAUAGAACGCAGUGAGGAACUCCCUUCCAGGCGAUUUCUAAUGAAGUGUACAUAUCUGAAUCCAGGAAGCACCGGGCACUCUUUAAACGAGCAGACAGCCAAUGCACAGUGUAGUAUUUUUUUGCAAGAUCUGUAAUAAAUAUAUUUAAAGUAAGAGAUAUUUAAAUGGAGUUAACAAUACAAUAUAUUAAGAUUUCAAUUUAACUUAUUUGGAAAUACUGUGUCUAAUUGAUUAACUAUAUCCUGUUUCUUUGCGCUCCAGGAUAGAAAUUAGUUCUGUUUAUUUGUAACUUAUGAGUUUAGAAAUUAGGUGGUUGAGUGACGGUUGUUGAAAGAGAUGUAAAUGUUGUGUUUAUGUCAUUUAGUCGUCAGUGGGUGGAGACCAGACCAAAGCACACCCUGGCUGAAGUGGAGUCACAGAUUUGAUUCCCCUUUCAUCCUUAAAAAGUCAAAUCUGACCCUAUAUCUCUGGAUAAGAGGCGACUUCUAGCUCUCCUGCCUAACCUGACUGACCUUAAGUGACGUUUGGGAGAAUGCCGUGGCAACAUGGUCACCUGAGCCUUUAUUGAUUGGUCCUAUUAGGGGAGAGACGGGGCCAGUGCACCUGAGACAGGACGGUACGUCCUCUGGGCUCCAGGUAGAAGAUCCCUCGGGUGCUGAUUGACACCUAGACCAGUUUCCCUUCUCUAAAUUUAGCACAAUAUUGUAGAGAGUUUUCAUGAAGUGUCGGGAAUUAGGGACUGUAUGAAAAUUACUUGUGCCGCGUUAUGUAUUUAUAAGUGUUCUUAAGUUCUUAAGACUCAAUAUCUGUUAGGAGAGCAGGGGAUGGUGAUCUCACCCAAGAAUUCUAUUUUUGAUGUAACUUUAGAUUGAAAAAGUGUAUUAGCACCAAUAGACUGGUUGUGUUUUCCCGUUUUUAUCUCUGCAAAAAAUGUAUAAUUUGUAAGAUUCUAAUGGGUGACUUUAAACAUUUUCACUUUUAAAGUGGCGGUAAAAAAUACAAUAAUACUUAUUUGGAGGACGUUGCUUUUUUUAUAAAAUAACAUGCAGGUUUGUUCUCUCCUCCGCACCUUUAUGAUUUUCACACAGUCCCUUACUCAAGUCAUUACAACUACAAGGUUUUCCAGUGAUCUUACAAGAAGUGAAGGACUCUGAAUAUAAUAAAUGAGUAGGUGAAUUUGAUGAUUUGAUGAACAGCUUCUCCCAGCAUCCAAAUCAGCUGGCCACCGUUGCCUUUCUCCCAGAUGUGCAUUGACUGUGUUUGUCCCCUAGAGGGCAGGAACCCUGUGUGCGCAGAACUGUCUCAUGGCCACCUCCCAAAGCAGCUUCCUCCCUCGUUUUCUGUCAAUGCAUCCUUGUCUUUUUGCUACUAAGAGUGAUGCAGGAGAAAAGGAGAUGAAGAACGCUCAUUAAAAGGAAGUCUCCAUGAGUCAUCCUCCCGAGUGUUGGCCAGCCUUGCAGAAAGCAUGGACUAGAUUGUAUGUUAUUAUUUAUGUGACUUUUCUAGCAGCUUUGCAUGGACACAGCCAUGGCAACAAGGCAGGGCCAGCACUUGGGAGGGGUUUCUGUGCACGUAGGGUGUACAUAGUGGCAGGGGUCAAACACUGAGUGACCUUUAGUGAUGCCACACAGGAAGUGUGUUCACUCGAAAAAACAAAAGCACCCGACCGACCGAUGAGAUUCUGCUUUCUGUGUGGUCUGUAUUGAUGCUUAUUGUCAACAUAUAUUUUGAUAUAUUUGGAAGAAACGGGGGAUAUACGCAGUAAAAAGUCUAGAUAUUUUUUGAGUAGAGAAGCAAUGUGUGUAUCAGAUUAUUGUCACUUUGUCAUGCUCUCUGAAGAUCUCUUGGAUUUUUUGGAAGAAUUAUAUAACAUCCCUACUGAUUUAAUGUUGAAAGAAUAUUUAUAAAUUUUAAGUCCUUUGUGAAAA